AUUCUUUAUACGUCUCGUUCCCUGGAUUUACUCUGAAAGUUACCCCGUAUUCAACGUGAGAAAUUGAGUGGUAAAUGAAAUAUAUAUCAGGGACACAUUUGUGUUAACAUAUCGUGACGCAGAUAAGCAGGUUUUCGAAGUAUCCAUCUAGAUGUCCAGGGCGUUCAUUCUUUUAAAUAUGGCACCUGGGACAAAGAGCGACCCCGUUACUAACGUAACGUGACCUGUCACCUACGUAAACAAGAUGGCGGAAAGUUUUUUGGAACAACCACUGGAAUAGUAAAUUUUGCCUUUGUUAGGCAAUUGUAACGCAAAGUAGUGGCCGUUUGGACCAGCAGGAACACAAUGGCAAAGGUUGAAACAAUAGAUGAGGAGGUUAGUGUAACAAAUGUUCUGUUUUAGUUCUCUCACAGUAGUUUUAGUAUGCAAGCCAGUAGAUAAACCAGCCAGGCUUCAAGAAGCAAAACAAGGUCUGCUGCGUUCUGCACAGCUGUUCCCUUGUCAUCUGAAGGAUAGAAGACCAUAGAAAUUUGAAAUGUGUUGCUUAUGUGCCUCACUCAGCUUCCAAUGCCGACCACGGGACGGUGGAUUUGGAAGGAGGACACAAACUCACUGGAAUUUGCAGGAUCACAUCAAGUAGCAGAACACAAAGAUGGUAAGAAGAAGAAAGGAAAGGGAGGUAUCCACUUCCAUGAUGCAGGCAAGAGAAAUGAUAGAGCCAAGACACCGAUGUUUGGUGCAGUGGGGAGGAUGGGUGCAGGAGGAGUAGGGAAGGGUACAGCAGGGAAGGGAUACGGACCCCACAGAGGAUCUCCCAAACCCAGCAUGAAGCAGACAGGGACAGAUGGGAUAAACAUCACACUAGAUCAUGUCAAAGCUGUUGCACUUGACCUGCUUCAAGAAGUGGCGGUGUCUGAUCUACCUGAGCACUUCUCAGUCUUCUCACAGACAGAACAGUUUGACUCCUUCCUGAUCUCAUUGCUGAAUUAUUUCAGCUGUUAUUUUGAGCGACUUGCUCAGGAGAAGAAACCCACACCGAUGACAACAGAGCCAAGUCUUGCAGAGAAGAAGGCAAUGGCAGAAGCCAGUGCUCGUAUGGCUGUGGCCCAGAAGAGGCUGGGGCAGAGUUACUGUGUCCUGAUCCUGGGGCUGGGCAUCCCUCGCCAACACCACAUGGGCUGUGGCAUGAAGCGUGUUUCUUCUACAUACACAGACAGGAGUAUGUAUGAGGCACUGUACAAUGUCUGUACAUAUGUAACCUGGGUGACUUUCAGAAGAAGAGACUUUGAACUCAUUCAGAAAGAAACAGGAAGGAUGCUUAGGUCAGACGUGUUCAACCCAUCUCUAAGACCAAAAUCUACACCAGAAGAUGAGGAGGAAGAAAUGGAAAUGAAGGAUGAUAAAAAAGGGAAGAGGAAUUUGGAAAGGAAGAGGAUCAGUCCUGCAGAACACAGGAGGAGGAUGGGUAAGAGGCCACCCAUAAAAGAAGUUGUCAACCAACGUUCCCCAGCUCUAGUGUCUAUCCUGCCCAAUCCAAAAGAGGAAGCCCCCUGGCUUUUCCAGCACAAGCCUGCAAUCAAGGGAGAUGGUACAGCUGCUCCCAAACCUUUCCAGGAGCUGUCAGUGGAUAUGACAGAGGAAGAGUUUGAGAUCUUCCUGCCCAGUCCUCUCAAGACAAAAGUUGGGAUCAUAGGAGAGCCCAUGAGCCAGUACAACCCACAGACGCUCACUCCGCUGGGUGCAGAGCAGGAUGAGGAGAAUGAGGCAGACUCCAGAAGAAAUUCCUUGUUUGGUUCACCAGCCAAGUCACCAGCCAACACAAGGCAAGGGAGUACAGCCCAGAAUCGGAUGACGACUUCCAUGUCAAUGACAACUGAUGCCUUUUCUGUGGUUGAUGAAGAUGAGUGAUAUGUUAGGAGCCACUUGCUGCUAUUGCAUGAAGUUUCAUGCACAUAAAAGACAAUUUUGUAACUAAUGUAGGUGUUUUCAAAUUGGUCUUUUGUUCAAAUGAAGUCUAAUGGCAAUGUACACAAGGAAGGAUUGUGUCAUCAUUACAGUAGAAAAAGUGGUUAAACUUGGAUUGGCACUGACCAUGGCAGGUAGAAUCCUAUCAUACAUGACUUUGCCAUGGUAGCCUGUAGAAUUGGUCAAACAAAAAUGUCUUGAGUCUUGAUGAUACUGGACAAUGUUUGUGUGUUUUAGAGUUUUGUAUAAUUUGUAAGGUAUUGUAUGUUAAUUUUGGUGUAAUAUUCAACUUUACUCCUAUGAAUUGGGCAUAAUGUCACUUGUAUCAAAUGUACAGCUUUGUAGAUGACAAGAUACAUUUUAAAAAUGUUUUUCUUUAUCACUGAAUUUCUACAGUAGGCUCUGUAAGUAUUACUAUUAUUACAAAAAUGUAGAUGCAUAUGCACAAUACACUGGUCUUAAGAGGUAGAUUUUGAACACAAACACAGUUUAAUGCACUUGCAAAUUACAUCCGUUUCAUUCCAUGAAUAUUACACUUAAUGUAUUGUUUGCAUUUCUCUUUUGUUUAAAGUCGCAUUGAAACAUAUCAAAUAUAUAAAUUAAUCAUUUUUAUCUUUGAUAGGUGUCAUGGUGUAAAAAUGCCAUUGCACUGGUUGUAUAAAUGCACCAUUUGUUCUGUUGCAUCAGAUAGCACUAUCCAGAUUAUUGUAGAUUUUAUACCUUUGCAGGUAAGUUCUAUAUACAUGGUCAUUUCAUAUACGCAACACUGAAAACUAUCUAUUAGAUAUUCUAUUCUUAACAUGGAAUUUCAAACAAUUUCAUUCAGUAUUUGGCAAGGAAUCCAGCUUUACAUCUUGAACUAUUUACAUCAUUACUGCACUUCUUAUAAUGUGAAGAAAUAAGGUCUAAGAAGAAUGUUUAA